AUUUCACUAAGGUAUCUAAGCAUCCUCAUUAGCUUAACAUUUGGUGGUUCUCUCCCUCUUCGCACUGCUAGACCCCCAUCACUGAAAUUCACCUAUCGAAACAUCAUCACAAUGGUACGCUUCGCCGCUAAGGAUAUUCCUGACCUCACAGGCAAGAUCAUCCUCGUUACUGGAGGCAAUAUCGGCCUCGGCAAGGAAACAAUCACCCAGCUCAGCAAGCAUAACCCGGCCCACAUCUAUCUCGGAGCUAGAAAUGAGUCCAAAGCUUUGGCCGCAAUUGAGGACAUCAAGAAGACAGUGCCAGACGCGGCCCCCAUCUCGUUCCUGGAGAUCGACCUGACGUCAUUUGAGAGCGUCAAGCGUGCUGCUAAGGAAUUCCAGUCGAAGUCGCAGCUCCUUCACAUCCUCAUGAACAAUGCCGGCAUCAUGGCCUGGCCGCCCGGUGUAACAAAGGAGGGCUACGAGAUCCAGUUCGGUACGAACCACAUGGGACAUGCUCUUCUCACCAAGCUCCUCCUGCCGACACUGCAGCACACCGCCAAGGUCGGCCCCGAUAAGGACGUGCGCAUCAUCUCCCUCUCCUCGGCGGCCGAGAACUGGGUUCCGAGCAAUCUCUACAACUUUGACGACUUCAAGACCGACAUGGCCUCCACGGGCACCUGGGCGCGUUACGGCGCGUCCAAGGUGGCAAACAUUCAUCACUCCAAGGCCCUUGCUAAGCGAUACCCUGAGAUCCGCUGCAUCUCAAUCCACCCAGGUGCUGUCAAUACGAAUCUCGUCAGCGGCCCAAUCGCCAGCUACCCUCUCGUGAAGCCAAUCGCAGGCAUCGUCACCUGGCUUGUGUCGACGCCCGUGUCGAAGGGAGCGCUGAACCAGCUGUGGGCCUCGGUCAGUCCCGAUGCCGAGACCGGUGUGUUCUACUGGCCUGUGGGUGUGAAAGGCAAAGACUCUAAGAACGCACUGAACGAAGAGCUCGCAGAGAGUCUGUGGAAAUGGACGGAGAAAGAGCUAGAGCCCUAUGUUUGAGGUCGUGUCGCCACCAAGGCAUGUAAACUCAAUUUGAGCAACGCCGUCGCGAGGAUUUCUGUAAGAUCGUAUCCAUUCAAGUACCUAUGAAACACAUAAUGUCAUUGUAACAACUGGUCGUAAUUCGGCUUGUCAUUUUUCGAAGAAUUUGUUCGUGCUUCAGCCCGCC